AUGGGCUAUUACUCACCAGUAUUAAUUCUUGUCGUUCAUCUCAGCAUUGCAUCGGGAUGUGCUUUCGAUUCGAUAGCAAUACUUUUGACAAAUAAACAAGUCAAAAAUAUUCUUUUAGUUAAAUCCGUUGUGUACAACUCUCUAAAGUUCACUGUUGUAAACCAUCUAAAUGAAGAACUGAAGUGCUGUACAGUUCGUAAAUUACUAAUUCAUUUCACCACUGCACUUAUCCACUUUUUCGAAUCCCUACCAUCAUUCGAACUAGAUUCGACGAGAUUCAGAUUGUUGGAGACUCGUGAUCUUCUUAAUUGUCUACGUGAAACAGCUUCGAUUAAUAACGAAUUGACACGAUUGUUUUGUCGACGACUCAAACGAUUGAUGGAUUACAACGAAUCGCUUUCACGCGGCGUUUGGAUUGAGCUGUACGACGAUAUCUUUCAUAUAUUGAAAAAAUCAAAUAGUGAUGAACACACAGUUAACAACCGCGAACGAAUUAAUGAAGUGAUGCGCUUCGAAAAAGCGUUAGAAGAACGUGAAUUAAAUACUCAGCAAGCGUUAGGAAAUCGAAAGAAUUUGAAACAGUUUCUACACGAAAAUCAGACGUUCUUCAUUAAAUACCUCGAGAAAUGUGUUUCGCUUCAUUCCAAAAUCCAGGUUCAAGGUUUGGUAGACAAUAUUGACGACUCCUUUCUCAAAACUUACUCCAUCACCUCGGAAAUUCGUCACAACUUAAACGUGAAGCUAAAAUACGUUACAAUUGAUUUCGACUGUUCGGAUAAAUUAUUUAAACCAUUAAAGAUUCCAUUAACUACAGACGAUGGAACGUACAACAGGGUCGGCACUAGUCUCGCUACGUUCUUACCUUCAGUGAAAGACACAAACAUAGACCCAGAAGAUUACCAAGUGGAAACAAUUACCAAUGUGCUUGAAUACAAUCGAUGGAUUGUGAUAUUGGGUGAUCCAGGCGGUGCGAAAACAACGCUCCUUCGAUGGAUUACACGUAUAUUUGCUGAAUUCGCUCUUUGUGGUCGUGAUCAAAUCGCUUUGGAAAAAUGUCGCGAACUACCGAUUCGUAUUCCGAUUUUAAUUCGCAUCGGAGAAUUUGCAACAUGGCUUGAAAAACACCAAGAUAAAACAUUAAUGGAUUAUAUUGGCGAACACACAUGGUUUUCCGAACAUUAUCAGGAUGAUAAUGAAGCUGUAUUAAAAGAACUGAUUCGGCAAGGUCAUGCUUUAAUUCUACUCGAUGGACUUGAUGAAAUAGCUGAAGUCGAACAAAGAGGCGAGAUCGUUCAGCUAGUAAGGGACUUUAUUGGCGAACAUGUCCAUGCGUCGAAUUUCUUCUCAGCGUUCGAUAAUCGAAUGUUCAAUAAGAGACCAUCGUACGAGAAGAACAUCAUUGAAGUAAGACCACCUGGUGAAUCAGGUGGAAAUCAAAUAAUUAUCACUAGUCGUGAAGUCGGCUAUCAAUUUUGUCCACUUGUUGGUCCUUUUAUUGAACAUUAUUCGUUAUCAUUGAUGAAUUAUCAACAGGCGAAUGCAUUUAUAAGAGAAUGGAUGUCACAAAUAGGCGAACAAGUGAAAGAUAUUUUAUCGAAUGAAGGUAUUAAACUUAGUGAAAAAGAUAUGCAAAAUUUUUCCGAUGUUCGCUGGAAAGCUAUGCAAUCAAUAUUGAAAAAUUAUUCACAAGUGCUAAUGGAAAAUCCUUCCUUGUUGUCCAUGAUAUGUACUUUUGUCUUUCAAUCACCUGACAGUUUCCAUCCAAAAUCGCCCAUUGAAGUUUAUGAUCAUACUAUUCAAAUAUCGUUACGUCGGUGGAGAAAUCAACAGUUGAAUAUGUCAGAAACUGUGCUAAUCGAGUUUCUGAUCGCACUUGCGGGUUACCUUCAUUUGAACUCAUCGUCGGGUCUUAUCGAUGAAUUCGAUAUGACAAGUUUAUGUCGAUUGGUGUUAAAACAACAAGGAGUAUCACAUGAUCGAAGAACGUUAAACGAACAGGUGAAAAACUUCAUUUCAUCAUUGGAACAGGGUGUUGGUAUCUUUGCUGAGCGAGGCUUACAGAUCUUUGGCUUUCUUCACUUGUCAUUUCAAGAAUAUUUCAUUGCGCAAUAUUUAGUUAAAGGUUCGGCCGAUGAAAUUGCACAACGUAUCCUUUCAAUUAUUAUUCAUCCUCGUUUUCGUCAGUCAAUUUGUUUAGCAAUUAGUUGGGUUAAUUGGAAAUGGCCGUCGAAUGAUUAUAACAAAGUUUUAUCUUUACUUGUUAAUCCAACUAAAGGCUAUUCAAUCCCGUUUGGAACACUUCUUUUAUUCGAAGUAUUCGAUGAUAUGCAAAGUUUACCGUUCGACUCAAUCAUUUUCACUGCACUUAAUAAUAUAGCUGAUCAUCCAUCGGACACAAUUAGGAAUACGUAUUUAAUACGGAGUGUAUUGAAACUUGAUAGAAAAAUGAUAAUCGAUUAUAUGCGAUUGCACCUACAGGAUGAGAAACGUCUUGCGAAUUUCUGUCAAAGUUUAAUGGGCAGCGCUAGUAAAUUUGAUAAAAAGCAUUUGCCAGAUGGAAAACAAAUCAAAUCUAUUAUUUAUCAACAACUAUGGUCUUUUCGAGAAAUAAAUCCAUCAUUUGAGUUCAUUAUCGAUCAAAUAUUUCGACGAACGGUUAAUUUAUAUCAAUUAUCCAAUCGAUGCUUUAGGAAAGAUUUGCAGUCAUGUCUUCGAUCGAAUCACAUUUCUGAAUCCGACAUCCAUCCGCUGAUUCUCUCCGUCAUUAUUGCAUUAUACGGUGGAAUAUAUUUCGGGAAUGAUUCGGGCGCGCUGCAGGUGGCUUUUUCGACACAACAAAUGCAUUGUGAAUCAUUGCUUAUCGCACCUCUUAUAGACUAUUUCGACAAUAGCGAGGAGUCUCAUGCGGUCAAAACUCAAAAGCUUAUCGAAGAAUAUGAAAAUAAUAUUGAAAAAUCAUUGCCAUCCGAUCUUUCAAAUGAUACUAUCGAUAGUUUUGUUGCAUUAAUUUGCUUGCAAGGUGUUUCACACCCGUCAAUUUAUGCAACUUAUGAUGGAUAUCAAGCAUUAACAGUAGCAAUUGAUAGACUUAAACGAACAUGGUUCUAUUUCGGGAAAAAAUUGCAUACCUUCACGGACGAUGAUAUCGGCUGCAAUGAUACUUCGGUGGUUAAAUCAGAAAUCGAAUCGAUCAUGAACGUGCUUGUGUCACAGCCUGGUCAAUCCGAUGAACAACGAAUAGCUUUAUCAGUUGCAUGUGCGUCCGCGUGGGAAAAACUUGAAUUAUGGGAUAUAAUCAAUAUUCUUAACAGAGACGAUGAUGAUGAUGAUGAAUAUUUUUCACAUCAACCGAAAUUUAUUCAUCUAUUCAGCGAUGAAAAGUUAUUUGACAUCAUUGUAAACAUUAAUUCACAAGAGAAAUCACCCUGGUUACUAAAUUUUCUUCCGAAAUCUUUGCAAGCACUGUAUCGUCACACAAUCAUCACAUCAACUUCGUUACCAUUUGUUGUAUUCCUGUCACAAUGCUUAGUACACUUAGAUAAUGUUGAUAAGAACAAUUUGAAUUUCGGUCUGACUUUACCGGUUUUAUAUAUAUUAAUGGAAGAGCAUAUGCUAGAGAAUUAUGCUUUGAUACACUUUAGAACCAAUUGUUACCCUGUUCAACGUAAAAAUAAAAAUUAUAAGAAACUUUUCCAAGUAAUGGAAGACUGUAAUCUACUGGAUCCGUUUCUUCUUGAUCAACCACUAGAUUAUGAAGAACUCAUUGACGAGGAGCGACAACGGAUUUUCGAAGCAAAGGGAGUAGCACAAAAUCAGAUAACGGAUGAACAACUUUUCGCGGCAUCGAUUUCUCUAGCACGGCUUUUUCAAGCUCAACAUCGUUUAAAUGAUUCCUAUCCAACGAAAACGAGCUACAUUUCUGAUGUAAACAACAACGAAGUGUAUUCUACAAUUAGCAGUAUCAUCGAUCCAGUUUUACGAAUAAUGGCUUUGAGUAUUAUCUUGAACAUGAAAGAUCCUUUGAUAUUUGAAAUUGAAGAAAGAAAGAAGUUACUGUGGGAAAUGACAAUUUUACUCAAAUAUCUAUUACCGAGUCUUCCAUUACCAACAGCAGUUGUUUUAUUUGUUCAGUGUUAUUCAACUAAUCGUCUGUUUCAUAUAGAAUACCAAGAGAUGUCAAAUAUAAUUGCAGAAAAAUUCAAUGACUAUGCCAAUGAUGAACAAAGCCAAGAGGUAGCAUUUAUCGCAUUACAAAGUCUUAACAAUCCACAACUGUCGUCAUGUUUAUCGCAGUUUAUAAAACGAACAAACAAUGUAUCUGAUCUUCUGCAACUUCAUUCCUCAAUGUUUCACAACUACUUCGCAAAUACGAAUUCAUUUGAAUCAUUGAAUACCACAUUACUAGCAUCGAUGUAUUUAACUGAAUUAUGCUUCGACAAUCAAAUCUUAACAAUGUAUAUCAAGAAUAAUGAUACGAAUAAACUUUCGUUUUUAGAAGAGUUGGAUCAACUGUGGAAUGAAACAUCAAAAGUCAAGAAAUUGCUGACGUCAAGAGUAGCAUCGUGGAUCACAGAUCAUCUGUAUAUGUUGAACAAACUCGAACUCUCUCGAGUUAUUCAAGAUGUGUCUCAGUGUUUGAUGGUCGAUAAAGCAGGGCUUUUAGAGGUUUGCAAAUGGCUGAACUAUCGAACAUGUGAAGAUUCCAGAUUUUUUGCUUAUUAUGCUGCAUUACAGCUGAUUAUCGAAGGUUCAGACAUUGCUGACGAGACUGAAAUGAUUGACGAGAUGCUACUUGUUGAUACUGAAUUCAUCUUGAAACCGAUCAUUGAGCAUUUGAUCAGUUCUCGUCUGAUGAAUUCAACGGCUGUCCGUCGUCUUUUAUUCGUUUUACAUAAAAAUGCCCAUUACUGUUCUAAGAUCUACAUUUCGAUCUACUCUGAAGAUAUGUUGCAAUUAUGUUUGGAAUUAGAAAUUGAACGGAUCAAGGAGAGUGUACCUCGUUCAUUCUUCUCAAUCAUCAAUGAUUGUUCCCAAGAGUUACUAAUCUAUCUCGUUAAACAUCUUUAUGCGUGUAUAAUCGAUCGGAUACAACUCGAAGGCUUCGUCAAAGACAAUUAUCUCAUCGUCAUAGUUCAAUGGAUGCUUAUGAAAUGUACUCGAAAAGCAACAACAGACAACUUUGUGGUAAACUUAUACAAAAAUGUCUUACAAUUUUUUGAUUAUCAUGGAAGAUCUGUAGUUCAGAAAGCCAUCGUGUACGUUUUCAAUUCUGUAUACACUGAUAUUCGUUCACAAGCCGAACGUAUUUCUAUGCAAUGUGUUCGUGGUCCUCAAAUGACCAAGGAACUGGCUCGACUGAAAGAAAAUCUUGCUUUACAAAGUGAUACAAUCACGUGUUUAGAGAACGUGAUUUCGUCAAGAAAUUUAUACUCAGACGAUGUUUUGGUCGUUUGUUUAUUAGCAUACGGAAAUUAUCUACUUGUUUUAGACAAAUUAAACAUGGAGAAGAAUGUUUCAGAUGAGCUGAGAAAUGCUCUUACUAUGCUAUCUGCAGAAGCGUCGUACUCAAAUCUUAUCGCUGUCAGAGCGACAUUUUGUUUAAAUUUUAUAGAACAUUCGAACAUAACUCGUAAUACAAUAGCGAAUUGGUAUAAACAUAAAUCGGAUUUGACAGCUGAAAUGAAAUACAAAAUAUUAUUACAACAAACAUUGUAUAAUACAAAAAUUGAAUUCGGGUUAAUGUUCGACAACGAAGUCAUUGAUCAUUUGCACCAAUACUCAUCGGGUCUGAUGGAUACAUUCAUCAACGAUUUAUUCAAUUAUCUAUAUAGUACGGCUAACUGCAAGUAUUUAUACGAGCCAGCUCCUGAUUAUAUCAAAAUUGCAUUGGCAAUCAGCAGAAGGAAAUUGAAUGAAUUUCGAGACGCUAUUAGGCAAGGAAAACAUGGUGAGAUGGAGUUUAAAAGAGAACUUUAUCGUUGUUGCAUGAAUAAUCAAAAUGACAGCAAUUCACUAGUCGAACUAUAUGCCAUGUUUGCUGUGUUCACAACGGAACUUGUUGAAAUGCUCAAAUUACUCGGAUAUGCCUCAUUCCGUAACGACGAAUCAUUUAUGACCUUACUCAAAGUAUUCGAUCGAGAUAUUAUCGAUCAUGUGUUCGAUUUAUGCAAUACAGAGACAUAUACUCAAAUGGCAAAUUAUGUUUUGCCAAUAUUGGAGCAUUUUGUCAAAAUUCAGGUUGUGUCGUUUUUAGAAGUGCAUGAAAGAGUCUUAACUGGCAAAUAUUUGGUGAAUAAUUUCAAACAGGAACGCUGCGGAAAUGAAGUUUUUCAUCUAUUAUUGAAAGUUAGCUGUUUUGCAAAAGAUUUCGUGGAGACAUCCGAAAGAAUGUUGCUUUUUGAAAGAGACAUUGAACAAGAAUUUAAGAAGGUGUACAAGGGUUCGAAAAGGAACGAUAUGAUUUUGAUAUUUUAA